AUGUCCAACAAGGCUUUUGUCACCCUGCUCCUCGGGCUCACCGCGCUGCCCACCAUCCUCGCAUGCACGAAGGCCACUGCCGAGGACUACGACACGUAUGUGCGCCAGUACCCAGCCGGCCAAGACGGCCCUUCCGACGAUAUCUCCUACCCCUGGAUAGACGAAAUAGGCCCGGGAGCCGUCGAUGACGUGGCUUUUCGUAGGAAACGCCAGUCUAAUAGCUUCUCUUGCUCCUCGAGCGAGGUCUGCCUCUAUGCGGACAACUUCCGCGCACUCCUCUGCUACGACCAGGCAAAGUCGACCGUUGAAUACGAGACGGGUCUUAUGCUGGAUCUCGGCUCUGGCGAUAUUAUCACUGCCGACGGUGAGGAGGGCAACCUGUUUGAUGGGCCGUGCCCGGGGCCUAACUUUAAUGAGGCCGAGACCGGGGAUGGCUGCUUCAUGGUGAGCGUGUCCUCCGCCUCGGGCUCCGCCUCGGACGACAACGACAGCGAGGACAACAGCGAGGACAACAGCGAGGACAACAGCGAGGACAACAGCACGAAUGAAGAGUCGGCGACCGACGAAGACGAGGCCAACGACAUCGAUAGCAAUGGUAAUGGAGGCAACGGAGAGAGCGCGGUGGCUGCCAUGAGCAGCAGCUUCCAUCAUAUGCUAGCGGUUGUGUUGGCCGCAACUGCCAUGGGCAUGUGGUAA